UAAAUAAAGAACCACCUUCCAUCUACUUCUCCUCACCAGAUCACGAUCAGAGAAAAAAACCCAUUUUUUCAAAACAAGAGUGAGAGAGAAAAUGUCAGGAAUAAUGCACAAGAUUGAGGAGACCCUCCACAUCGGAGGAAACAAGAAGGAAGAACACAAGGGGGAGUCUCAUGGAGAGCACAAGGGUGAGCACCAUGGAGAACACAAGGGUGAGCACCGUGAAGGCCACAAGCCAGAAGGUGAGCACAAGGAAGGGUUCAUGGAGAAGAUAAAAGAUAAGGUCCAUGGAGAUGAGCAUGGCGAAGGUCAUGAGAAGAAGAAGAAGAAGGACAAGAAGAAGCAUGAGCAUGGCCAUGAACACGGUCAUAGCAGCAGUGACAGCGACAGUGAUUAGAUCUCUUCAUAUACGUAUCCAUUAUCUAGGUGUACUGGAGUGUGAGAACCUAUCCGUGUUUUUUUUUUUUUUUUUUUCUGCUAGUGUGUGAACAGCAGAAAUGGGAAGAAAAAGAAAAAAAGAAAAGUGUUGUGUGAAGCUUGAUAUUUUGCAUGGUGUGAUGUAUCAGUGAAUCUAAACCCUAAUAUUAUAAUAAGCGUUGAUUUCUCCCUA